CAUUCCUCUACAUUUCUUAUUUCAUCAUUUUCAAUAGAAGCUUGUUUCUGUCAUUAUUUAAUCUACUCAAAAAGACCUUGGCAUCAAUAGUAUUAUAUUAACAUUCGGCACUCGUUGGUUAGCCUGCAUGAAUGAUUUGGGAGCUUUAUAUUAAUAAUAUCGGCUCCACCCCGCCUUUUGUACACACACAUACACUGUCUAUUUUUAUUCAUACCUUUACCUUUGGGACCUUAAGCACGGAGAAAAAAAAAAAGGAGGGAAAGAGGAUUCAAUUAUGUCAGCGCCCCAGGAUUUUUCACCAGUGACUCAAGUGUUGGAGGCGACGCCAGCAUCCUCACCACCUGAAGAGAAGGUUUCGGAAGAGCAGUUCAAUAGUCUUCAUGCAUCGUCGGUUACAUAUCGGGAUCUUUUGAUCUUUGAGGAACGGCUCAAGCUGAAUAUGUUUAGGCUUAAGAAGCGGCAGCAGAAAUAUGAAGCAUUCUUGGGUUGCUUGAUUGUUUUGAUUGCAUAUUGCGCCUUUGCCACGUUUUAUCAACCUAGUCAGAUAUACUAUAUUCAUCUACUACACAAAUUCUUCUUGCUUCUUUCUGUAACGACGCUAUUUCUCUUCUUUGCUACUGGAAUGUACUCUGAAAAACUAGGAUACUCUUCAAAAUUCGUUCCGCAAUGUAACAGAGUUCUUCGCAUCUUUAAUAUGCAUUUUAACCGUGAUAAUCGACCUGAGCUGUCAUUUUUUCGGAAAGUGCCCAAGAAAUUUCAAGAGGGAUUCAGUGCCUACAAGGCUAGUUACUUUAAGCGCAGAUCAGAAAAGCGAGCAGCGGCUCUAGCAGCUAAGUCAGGGUCAAGUAGCGCUGCAUCAGGGCCAACCGUAUCAAGGACAAGUAGUCAGGGCAAAAGACUACAGCCAUCUUCUAGAGCAAGAAGAAUGGCAGGAGGCGGUGGGGGAUCUGCAUCUGGAUCAGAUUCAGGCCCACGCUCAACUAUGGGAUUUCAUCGUUGACAAGAUCAGAAGGAAGUAGGGCAAGAGCGCCUCUUCCAACUAGUUUGUGAAUAAAAAUG